CCACCUACCUCGCCGUUCCCACCCUCCUCCGAUCCCCAUGGAAGCCACCGCCGCCUGCUCGGCCUCCCUCGCGCGGCCCCUCGCCUCCUCGCCGCUCCCCCACCGCCGUAGCCGAGUGUGCGUGGCCAUGGCGCCGGAGCGGCGUACGAGGGGGUUGGUGGCCGCGGCGGCCUCCACGGGCAACUACGUGGUGCCGCUGGACGCGGCGCCGUCGGGGAUCACGCGGCCGCUCGUGGAGAUCCUGCGCGACCUCAACAAGCGCGUCCCGGAGACCAUCGUCCUCCCCGCCUCCCGCCGCGCCUCCGCCUCCGCCCCCGCCAUCCCAUGGUACCAUGCCAACCGGAUGCUCAGCUUCUACGCCCCCGGCUGGUGUGGAGAGGUCCGUGAUGUUAUUUACAAUGACAAUGGGAAGGUGACCGUGGUGUACCGCGUCACAAUACGAGGGAUAGAUGGAGAGGUUCAUCGGGAGGCUGCUGGAACAGCUUCACUGAGCGAUGCACGGCUCGACGACCCCGUGGCGGCUGCAGAAGAGGCGGCGUUCUGCAAGGCUUGCGCAAGGUUCGGUUUUGGGCUGUACCUGUACCACGAAGACGAGGUGCUGUGAAGGACGAUAUCUCUUGUCUCACCCUAUCGACGUUCAAAAGGUCAGAUGCCAAGCUUGCCAGAGCUUGUAUGUACCGCUGCAAGAUAUCACCCUGCAUGUACCAUUCACGAUGAGCUGUAAAUAUGAGGCGUAUCUUGUUUACCUUUGUGUUUGUUGGCACAUGAGCUGUUGUAAUCUCUGUGCGAUAAGAGAGUGUCACUCGUUUCCUGAAGUAAUAAUUUCAGUUGCAUUUGGUAAAAUACAGCAUGACCCAGUUCGGUUGUUAGGAUUGAAACCAUUACUCGCAUCAGAAGAUUUGAACAACUUAUGUAAUGGAAACUCCUGAUC